AUGGGGAGGAAGCCAAAACAACAUUACCCUUCCUUCUUCAAAGUUUUGAUGGAUGACUUCGCCAGCAAACUUCUGAUACCUCGAGCUUUUGUCGAGAGAAAUCUUGAAGGAAAAGUACCAGCAAAGGCACUGAUUAAAGACCGAAAUGAUUCGCAUUGGUGGACUGUGGAAGUAAAGAAAACGGGCGAAAAGAACCACUACAGCUUCAUGCGAAGCGGUUGGAGAAAGUUUGUGAGAGAUUGUGAAUUAAAAGAAAAGGAUUUCUUGGUUUUCAAACCUAUAUCGAACUCGGUGUUUGAAAUUGUGAGAUAUGCUCCAAAUGGGUGUGAGAAGGAUCUAAUAAGUAACCCCGUUAUUGAGCUCCCAGUCCAAGACUUUGUUUCUGAGCAAAUCAGAGUAAACCCAGCUGCUAAGGCCCGUGAGACUCGGUCGCGAAAGUCCAAGGAGGCACUACCUCAAUCUCUACAUCCUUCACUGGCUGUUGGUUAA